AUGGGAGAUCAUUUGUCCACCAGCGUAUAUAUUAAACCUACUCACACCCCGCUAUAUAUACCAGCACAGUCCAUGGAUCCAUAUAGAUAUAAAAUGGCUGCAUUUCAAACUUUGAUAAGAAGAGCCUAUUUGUAUUGUGAUAGAAUCGGUGACAGGAAUAAAGAAAUUGACAGAAUAUUGCAAGUAGCUCAGACCCUAGGCUACAAGAAAAGCACCAUUGUAGGAUUACUCAAAAAAUAUGAAAAGAACAAUGAGAAACAAGGCUUAAAUACAGCUCCCAAUAGACGCUUGAAGUUUACGUAUAACAGUAAUUUGAACAGUAUUAUGAAAGAAGUUGCUAAUAAGAAACAAGCAAGAAUAGUUUUAAAAAGAGCCCCAAAUUUAUAUAAGAUAUUGAGAAAUGAUAAGGAUAGAAUAAAGACAGAAGAAAAACCAGGUGUCUAUAAAGUUCCUUAUGAAAACAUCCAACUAGAUGUUAAGAAAGACUACAUUGGCGUCACCAACAGGAGCUUAGGAGUAAGACUAAAAGAACAUCGUUAUAACGUAAAAAAAGGAUCCAAUGCUACAGUUUUGUCGCAAAUGUCACAAGUCCAAGGUUCGGUGGUGAAAUGGGACGAGGCAACAAUUAUAAAACCAGUGUCUUCCCCCACUUUAUCAAUGACGGCGGAGAAGAUUGAAAUAUAUAGGAGUGGGCUACGUGAAGGAUGUUUAAAUGCGAGAGAUGCUGAGAGCCUGUCGGCGUGGAAAUACAUAAUUAAAAAGCUCACUGAAAACUCAAGCUAG